AUGGCUCUGGCUUAUUUCUGGGGGCUGGCACUCGCAAUAUACCUGAUGGGACAUGGCUUAGUGGUUAUCCCUCGUACUCUCAUAAGAAAUGCAAACCCGGGGAACAACCUUAGGAGGAUCCAAGCCCGAGCCCCUCGAAUACACGAUCGCCUGACAGAUUCCAUGGCUGAUCUUGAGGAUCUUGAGUUUCAAGUAUCCCAGCUACGCAAAAACAAAACAGGUGCCCCAUACGAUUUACAGGAAUGGAUUGACGAACUGGUUGAUAUGACUAGUAUUCCCGAAUCAAGGCUUCGGGCCUCUGCUGGCGCCAAUGAGUCACGAUCAAGUGUGCCGCCCACAAUUACCGCACGAUACCUCGCAGAUAUCACCAGACGCCUGGCUCGAGCGCGCCAUCAAAAUGCGCGUUUCGCCAAUGCAUGGGAGAAGCUUGUUAGAGAAGCUGCUGAUACCCAGGCGAUUAUUGAUUCAUCCGCCUCCAAACGUCUCGAAUUCUCUCAUCCUUCAUUCCAGCCCUCUUCGAAUAGAUCAAUUCCUUAUAUCACCCCCACCCUGCGUUACUACAUCUACGUUCAUAUUCUACCGGCGGCGAGGCUAAUUCUCGCGGGCUUCUUUUCGUUAGCGUCAGCUUGCGUUGUUUGGUCCGAAAUUAUCAAGUCUUUUGCCCCUAGAGCUUCUAUUGUCACACUUUCAGUUGUCCACAAUCCCACUCAAUCCGAGCCAAUUGGGUUCUUGGGCCAGGUAGCAUCUGCAGCAUGGAUUUUCUACAUGUGCUCGGCAGCAUUCGUGGGUGUAACGGAUGUCAAGGUUUGGGGCAACCGGGCUCUGGUCCCUCGCAACACUUAUAGUGAAAGUGCUUGUUGGUAUGCAGGCCAAAUCGCCAAACUUACGGUUCCGCUUUCUUACAACUUUCUUACAUUCCUUCCCCAGGACGUCCAGAAGAAAACGACGUUUUACAACUUCCUUGGACGUCUGAUCAACCUAACCCCGCUAGGAAAGGGAUUUGACUACAUUUUUCCUAUAUUUAUAUUGAUACCCGUUUGCGCGACGUUAUUCAAUCUAUACGGACGAGUUAAGAGCUGGUUCGAUUUCGGUCUGCUCGAAGACGAUGAGGAUGUGGCACUCAAUUCUAGCGGAUUUGGAACUGGGGCCUGGCGGGAAGGCAGGGAACUGAUCGAAAGUGAGUUAACUGGAUCGGGCGCUCUGGGCCUUUCAUCACAGCGGGCGGCGCCAGUACAUAGACGAACAGCGUCUACACCUUCCAGCGGUCCUACGAUAUGGGUACCGCCGGCAGAUCUACCGAGGAACCAGCCUCAGGGACCAACCGCCAGGGCUACGGUUUCGACUCGUAUACAAGCGGUCGCAGCCGCGCCAGAGGAAGAUGAAGAGGAGAAUUUCUUCCAGUCAUUCGCGCACCGCGUCCGAAACACUUUCGAAACGGCGAGCACGCCACAGUGGCUGCGCGCGGACAAUGUUGGAAUCCAGCGGCCUAGAUGGCUCGGAGGUCAAGGAUCUGAUGCAGGAGAUGGUACGACAAAUCUUGGGAGGUGGUUUGGUGGGAGACCUGCGGAAGGACAGGUGCAGAUAUGAAGCGUGAAAUCGAGAGAUCCUGGAGAUCAAUACUUUGCAUAGAUAGGUAGCUUCCGAGAUUCUAGGGAGGAGUCAUGGAUGCCUGCCGCUCGAUUAGAUAUUUGUGGGCUAAUAACGUUCUCGAAGUUUUGUGUCAUCUGUCAAAUUGAUCUGGCGUUGUAGAAUGGAAUAUAUGUACUCUACUCCCUUUCAAGUGUUUCUGUGCAAUUCACUUU